UUCAUUUUCAGCUGCUAAUCCGCAGAGCGAACAGCAGAGCGAAUGUUCUGAAUAUUCGGUUAUUCGAAUAACCUCUAAACAGCAGAGCGAAUAUACUUCCAGAGAAAAGUGGGUUUUUUUUCUACAUACAGCGCAUUACUGUCCUAAUUAAAGGUAAAGUGAAAAUAUGCCACCAAAAAAGACUGGUACAGCUGGAGCAAAAAAGGCUUCAAAAAUGAAAACGAAGGCUAAUCCAGUCAGAGCGAAAACAGCUACAAAAAAGAAAACGAAGACUAGUACAGCUAAAGCGGCUUCGAAAAUGAAAACGAAGACGAAUCCAGUAAAAGUGAAUAAGGGACCAAAGCAUGGAAAAAAAGUUACAGAAGUUAAAGGAAACAAACCUGCACCUCCCAAAAAGAAAACAACUCCAAACACAGGAAUGAAGUCAACAAACCAGAAACCAAAAGCAGGAAAGAAGACAGUAAACAAGAAACCAAAAGCUGAUCCAGUGAAAGGAGGAGUGGGACCGAAGAAGAGAAAAAAUCCUAAUCCAGCACAAGGCCAGAAUCCAGCAAAAAAGAUUAAAAAGGCUCCAGAAUAUUCUGUGCAAAGCCUGUUCGUGAAAGCUCUUCCUAAUGUCCAAAGAUCAGUUCCUCCAGCCAUUCUUCCUGUUUGUAACAUUCCUGUUCCAGCUCCAGUUCAACCCAGUGUGCAUGUUGAUGUUAAUGUUCCUGUGGGUAACAUCACAGUUCAAACAUCUGGAAGGAGCGAUUCCUGCCAGCCCUCAGGUGUCCCAAUGAAUCGACGUAAUAACGAUGAAGUGGUCAACCAACGCGUGACCACCAAUGCUGCAGUGUGUGCACAGAGCAAUAAGAUAGACAACUCUCAAACUGGAAAUGAGAACAUUGAAGAAACUACAAUUGAAAACCUGCUUUUUCUGAGGAAAAACCGUGUUCAGUUAAUCGACAGAAUAAAAAAUGUCACUGAAAUCCUUGAUCACCUCGAAUUAUCAGAUGAAAAAGCAGCGAAAGUGCGAGCAGAGAGGACAGAUCAGGAGAAGAUGAGGAAGCUUCUGGAGUUCACGACCAGCACAUAUGAUGCAAAACGUCUAGUUAUAGCCUUGUGGCGCUGCGCAAGAUACGUCAUGGAAGACCUGACCAACACCAACUAUCCAUGAAUAGAUCUGCACUGGUGCAUCACUCCUGAUUCCAUCAAUGAGUGAACUUCAAUGGAUCAUAUCAUUUUUCUAAUGUUUUUAUCUAAAGUUUUUUGUUCUUAUUUUACUUUUUUUACAUUUAUGUAAAAUUGAUCUUUUUAAAUACAUUGUUAAAAGAAAAUUUUUAAAGAAAUUGCAGGCAAUCAAGCUCAGAUUACUUCACUUUCAAACAAUGUAUAUUUUAUGCAGAUAAUUUUACUGGUCGGUCUUCUUAGAAAAGUUAGCUAUUUGGAUAAGUUCGACUGGACUCUUUAUUAGCUCUAAUACAUCAAGUGAAGCACCUCCACCUAACUAGCUAGCUGCUCUUUCAGACAUUCAGCAAUCAGGUGAGGAAAUCAUGGUCAGUGAAUUCAGCACCAAAGAGGCAGGGUCUGAAUUCUGAAUUGCCAUAAGCAUGUGCUAUUACUGACAAAAAAUGCCUGCACUUUAUACAGGGGAUCUGUUGACUGUAAUAGCCGAUAUCUCUCUCGCUCCUCGACCUCUCCUCUACCCUGGACCUGAGAGAGAACAUUGGGAUUUGUUGACAAUGAAGAGAACUGAAGGUUCAGGGAACAUUGUAGCAAGGACCUGAAAAACAUUGAAUCCACAGGUGCUUCUGCUACAGAAAGUGCCAGAAAGAGGCAGUACUUGUUGGCGUGGAGUUUUUCUGUUGGUGCUAAAGACCACAGCUAGUGAGCACUUGCUUCGUCUAUCUCUCAGAGGUUUUAGGACUGAGACUGAACACAUUUCAAUGGAACAGGCAUACCCAGCCUGAACACCAUCUUCUCUUUGGGUUCUGGAGCAAGUGCCAACAAUUAGUAACCACUGCAAAAGUCCAGAGAGCUGAACCACCAGAGGAUGUUGACGAUGUUGUCAGUGUGGGGAAGUGGGGUGGGGAUUCAUUCUGAACACAGUGUUGUGGUGCCUAUAGUCCACACAAUACUGCAAUACCUUUGGAUUAAGACAGCUAGUAUAGCUACACACUACACCACAGCUAGGUAGGCUAGAGUAAGUAAGAUUGUUAAAUUGUUAUAAACUGUAAGAUCAGUAAAAAUACUCAUUUUCCUUUAGAAGUGAUCAAGAAAGUGGGCUCAAAGGUUGCCACAACCAGCCAUUGUACUGUAUAUGGCUUGUUCACUGGCCUUUUUUAAGGAAUAAAAUACAAUGGUUGAAA